AAAAAGAAAAAUGUCAAGUCAAUAAAUGUGACAGAAGUUUCGACCCCCCACGUCCAUUGACUGCUGAAUUGGCGAUCAUUUAUGGGAAUAAAGCAAAUAAAGCAAUCGAAUUACUUAAAAAAUAUGGGGCAGUGGAUGAAUCAAACUAUUAUGAGUCAGUAGAACAAAGGAAAAUGGCUUUCGUAAAUUCUCCAUUUUAUUUACAAGUUAAGACCGCGAAAACAAUUGCUGAUUUAAACAAAGCAUGGAAAUUAAUUGAGUAUUCAUCAUUCCAGUCAAAUCUAAGAAGGCAUACAGAUCAAGCAACUUAUUUACACUACUUAGUUGAACGUUAUAAAAGUUUAAAACAUCAACCUCAUUUACAAUGUGGUUUAAUUCGUCUUAUGGCAAAACUAGUCAUAGCUGAUGUCGAUCUACAAGCACGUGAUAAAUUUGGUAAUACAGCUUUACUUUGUGCUGCAAAAUCGAAUACUUUUGCAGAUAGAAAUACUAACUCAAUAAAAGCUAACGAAUCAAUGCUUAAUCAGAUUGACAAAGAAGCUGAAAGAGAAGAUGAAGUUGAAGAUGGGGUGGUGUUGGACACAGUUGGGAAAAUUGUUGAGGAAACUAUUGAAACUGUCGAUAUAAAUGAAUCAUUACAUAAUCCAACUAUCAAUGAUGAUGUAAAACAUUUGGUCAUGGAUGAAGACCGUAAUGAAAUGAGUCCAAGUAAAAAGACAUCAUUGUCUAUAUCUGUUUCAGAUCAUUCAAAUAUGUCAGUAAAAAACGAAUCAAUUCAUCCAUGUAUGAUGAAUGUACCGGAUUUUAGUGAUCAACGUUUGAUUUCUAUUUUAAUUCAGUUAGGUUCAGAUUGCUCCAUUCCAUGUAAAAAUGGUUAUUCUGUAUAUAAUGAAAAUUAUAUUCCCAAAGGUGCAUAUACAAUUAAACGAAAUAUUCGAUCAAGUUUAUUAAAAACUAGUAUAAAACGUUCUAAAGGACUGAUAGAUCAUCCGGGAAUUUGGCCAAUUGUUGAUAGAUUAAUCUAUAGUGUACAAUAUCAUAAACCCAAUGAUAUUAUUAACUAUUUCUGUACAGAAUUAGAGAAUACAAUUAAAGAUAAUUUAAUUUGGUUAAAAGCUAAACGAUCAGGGCUAACUGUUAUAGAAUGGAUUAACUCAUUAUGGACUCAUGAUCGAUGCAAUCAAUGGAUAGAAGGAAUACGUGAAAAAUUAACAAAUCUAUUACAGUAUUAUGUUAGUUUAACUGAUUUUGUGAUUUAUUCUAUGGCUGGUGAUAUUCAGAAAUUGAAACAAUGUUUAGCUAUGGGUAAAGGUCAAUUGAAAGCUCAACUUCAUAUGCAAAAGUUUCUAGUUGGUAUUAAUAAUAAUGGAAGAGCAAAUUUUAUAACACGUCCAUUACUUGUUAGUGUAAUGGAAUAUUCUACAGCAGAAGUGUUACAACUUAUGAUUCAUUCUGGAGCAAAUUUAAACGAAUGCUAUUCAGAAAAAGAGCCGUUUGGUCCGGUUGCAUUUUGGAGUUUUAGGAACCUUGUCAGCCUUCAACAUACUUAUGAAGUAAUCAAAGAAGUACCAGUUCAUUUAAGAGAUUCAAAUGGAUCAUCUUUAUUUCAUUAUGCAACAAAUCUUUUUCAUACAAUACAUCCUAAAGAUGUAAAUGGAUUUCGAUGGGCAAGUUUAAUUUUAGCUACAAUAUUGAAACGAGGUGUGAAAAUUUAUCACAGAGAUAUUUGGCAACGUACUGCACGAGAUAUUUUGAAUAGAUCAAGAUAUGAAUUACUGCAUAACAACAAUGUUCAUUGUGAAACGGGAGAGAAUUUCAGACCAUUCGAAGAAGAGCCACCAGAUCCUUUCGAACUUCAUGAUAUUAUCGAUCCAGAAACUGGAAAUUUAUUAACUGCUGAACAGUUAAUUGAUCGCCAUGUAGCUUUUCUAGCUUCUGGCAAUCACUUACAAUCCAUGGAAGAAUUAAUUCUCUAUGGAUAUAACUAUAUAAAUUUAGCUAAUUCUGGACCUGUACGCUUUAAAUCUGCUAGAUUAUUAGCUGAACAAAAAGGACAUCAUGAAAUGAUAUCUUUAUUAGAUACUGUUGAUCAAUAUCGAACAGAAAUGAUGGAAGUUCACAAGACGAUUAUAACUGGAGAUUAUCAUCAUUUCCUACGUCUGGUUAAUAACAAAAGAGUUAUUAUGGGUCGUGACUGGAGAGAACGUUCUCUACUACACCUUGCAGUACUUUAUCGUAGAACAGAUUUUGUUCUUCAGUUAAUUGAACUGUGUCAAGAACUUGUCAAUUAUCAAGAUUGUCUUGGACGUACCGCAUUCCAUUAUGCAAUCUGUUUGCCUGACAACCGAAGAUUGUUCUUAAAAAUGGUUUCAAAAUCUGGAGGUAUUGAUAAACAAAUCAAGGAUUUGCGAAAUAUUUCAAUUCAUCAAUAUGGUGAAUUGUAUGACCGAAACAUUCCUGAAUAUCAAAAUCUGAUUAAUAUAGAAAAAUCAAUCAAAUUACUUGAAUCAAAUUGGCCUGAUCAAACAAUUUGUUCAUUGUUGCCUAAAAUAUCAAAUGAUAAUGAUGAUGGUGAUCAACUCUUCAUAAAAGAUAAACAUGAAUCUGAUAAUAAACAAUCAAUUGUCGAAGUAAUUCAUAAUACAAAUAAAAAUACUGAAAAUUGUUUAAUAUUUCCAAUUCCUGGUGCAUUCAAUACAUUUGAAGUGAAAAGAAUCAAAUCAGUAUUUAAUUGGAAACAACGGAUAUAAAGAAAGAGACUAAAUGAAAAGAAGAAAUGAACAGAUUAAAUUAUGUUAUAAAUAAAUAGUAUAUUUGUAAUAACCCAAUGAAGAGAAAAAUCAAAUUUUCUGACGUUUCGUGACUUAGUGUAAGUCACUUCUUCAGAGGAUAAAAAAAAUUAUGGAUGAGAUUAUUUUUUUCGACAUUUCGUUAAGACAUAUUAUUCUGAAAUAAAU